AUGGAGUCUGCUAUCGGUGUGCUGGUGUCCCAGUUCAAGGUGUAUGCUGGCAGCGAUGGUUCCUCUGACACACUGAGCAGAGAUGAGUUCCACAGACUGGUCACAUCAGGGCUCCCUAACUUUGUCAAGAAUGCUGCCGACCCCGCUGCCAUUGACCAGCUCAUGAGCUCAUUGGACAAGAACAGCGAUGGAGAGCUCAACUUCCUGGAGUUCUGGCAGCUGAUUGGGCAUCUUGCAAGCAAGCAUGGGGGGUUCAGCCAAUAGAGUGUGCUGUCCUCAGAUGCAUGGGGGGGUUCAGCCAAUAGCGUGCUGUCCUCGGAUACACUGAGUUCUGUCACAGUUUCAUGCAUGUAACUGACUUGUCUGUGUGCCAUACAGUUUGAAAAAAUUGGGAAACAGCCAAAUGGAACACACCCUAAAAUCUUAUCUUAUUUUUUUUUAAUAGUUUUUUAUUUUUAACCAGUUGUCUGUGACUCUUCUCACUCCGUCCUCUCACCAGCAACUGGCACAGACUCUGUCACAGAAUACUAUGUUUGUUUUUUUAAAGCAUUGUCUAUACUGGCUUUUCUAAUUACUGUAAAACGCAUCUUGUGAUCUUCAUCAUCUCCCUCCAGUGCACAAACAGAAGGUCUGUUGUUGGCAGAGCAGGAUUUUCUGUUUAAAGCUGGAAACAUAAUAAUAUAAAUGUAAAUCUUCCUGCUAAUGCCUUCAUUUGACGAGUUUUUCGAAAGUUCCCUUUCUACUGAACACUAUCCUUCCAUUCUUUGCACAAGUGAGUACAGUUUCAGGGUGUGGCUUAAAUACAUCUGUCUGUUGAGAAAGCUUUGAAGACACUUAAACAUGAGCGCGCUCUUGUUCCUACAUGUUGAGAGAAAGUAUGUCAGAAAAAACAAUCAGAUGAACGUGCAAGAAUA